AUGCGCUUCUUCGCCAUCGUCCUCGCCGGCCUCGCCGCCGCUGUCGCCAACGCGCAGAAUGCGCCGAACCCAUUCAAUAUCCCGAGCACCUUCUCUUUCACGGCCGGCGAACCCACGACCGUGACAUGGGAGCCGACGACCCCCGGCACCGUGACGCUGGUCCUGCGCUCCGGCGCCUCCAGCAGCCUGGACGGCGGUGCGGCGAUAGCCACCUCGAUCCCCAACACGGGCUCCUACACCUGGACGCCCGACCCCUCGGUCACGCGCGGCAGCGACUACACCAUCCAGAUCGUGUCCGACACGGACCCGACCCUCGUGAACUACACGCCCUUCUUCGUCAUCGAGUCCUCCAACACCGUCGCCAGCACCACCUCCGCCUUCUCCCUGGGCGCCACGUCCAGCAUCCCCAGCCUGAGCAGCGUCUCCCCGACUUCGACGGCCACGGGCAGCGGCAGCAGGAGCAGCGCGGCGUCCGGCUCGACAUCGGCGUCCGGUUCCACAUCAACGUCCGGCUCGAUGACGACGUCGACAUCUAUGAAUGCGGCGGCCUCGUCGAGCGCGUCCAGCGCGGCUAGCUCGAGCAGCACGGCGGCCAGGUCCAGCUCUGCGGCUGCGGCGACGAGCGCGGCGGAGAGCGUCGUCAACGCGAGCGUGCCGUCGGGCGCGGCGGUGGCGAACAAGCGGGUCGCGGGCGGGAUGAUGGUCCUCGCUGCUGCGGGCGUGGGGCUUGUGUUGUAA